CGAUACGAUCCGCCGAAUUAAGUUCGUGCACGUACGCACGCACCGGGACACCAGCAACCCCCAACAGCGCCACUGUCCAGUGCGCGCGUCAAGCUUGCUUAGCUAGCCGCCAUGGCCUCCCUCGCCGCCGUCUCCGUGAAGCCCGUGGCCAUCAAGGGUCUCGCCGGCAGCUCCAUCUCCGGAAGGAAGCUCGCCGUCGCCAGGCCGUCGGCCCGCUCCAUCCGCAGGCCCCGCGCAGCCGCCGUGGUGGCCAAGUACGGCGACAAGAGCGUCUACUUUGACCUCGACGACAUCGGCAACACCACCGGACAGUGGGACCUCUACGGCUCUGACGCGCCCUCGCCCUACAACCCGCUACAGAGCAAGUUCUUCGAGACGUUCGCGGCUCCGUUCACCAAGAGAGGUCUGCUGCUCAAGUUCCUGCUGCUGGGCGGCGGCUCACUUCUGGCCUACGUCAGCGCGUCGGCGUCACCGGACCUCCUGCCGAUCAAGAAGGGACCUCAGGAGCCGCCGCAGCCGGGCCCGCGCGGCAAGAUCUAAGCUCAGCUUCUCCAUUUGCAUGGUCUAGUAGCUUGCUUUGUACUGCUAGCGCCGGUCGAUCCGUCGCAAUCGUCAUGGAUCAUCUCUCUAUCUUGUUGUUACGCUGUUCAUAAUUUGGUAUAUUUGCCAUUCCGCUAUUGUGUACUCUUUGGCAUACAUACAAUAAUUAAAAUGGCGUUGCGUGGCUCUC